GUCAAUUAUUUUCUUGCCGGAUUUUUUCCGUGUGAGAUUUCGCGGAAAUUUUAUUAAUAGUUAUUUAAUCUUUUUUAAGCGAAUAUUUGUUAACGAAGCUAAGUUCUAUCUCAAAAAAUGAAUAAAAUAAUAGAAAAACCUGUGGAUUUUUCCGGUCUACAGGCUGCAUUUGCGAAAUCGUUGGAAGAGGGAUUCAAUUGUCAAGAUGUUCAAAUCUUACGAAAGUCUUAUGAUAGCUUUACAGCUAAUUCUGAUCAUGAUAAAAAGUCACCUAUGGAUCAAGCCUUCCGUGAAAUGUUGUUGUUUAAACUAAGCACCGACUUAGAGAAAGUUGGAGCUUUGGUGAAGCUUUCCGUAGAUGCUGUACGUGCUGAAAUAGUUUCAGUCACUAUACCGGUCGUUCUCCUAGGAGAUAUAUUCGAAACAGUUACUUUGGAUAAAUGUGAGCGUAUAUUUAACUAUGUAGAGGAAAUGGUUGAGGUGUGGAAGGAAGAAGUAUUUUUUUCCUCUUGUAAAAAUAACAUAUUACGUAUGUGCAACGAUUUACUACGACGUCUCUCGCGCGCUCAAAAUACCGUAUUCUGUGGUCGAAUUUUAUUGUUCCUAUCAAAAUUCUUCCCAUUUUCGGAGAGAUCAGGCCUGAAUAUCGUAUCCGAAUUCAAUUUGGAUAAUGUUACGGAAUACGGAGUAAAUGGCAAAGAUUUAGAUGAUACUUUGGAAGAUAUUGAGGAUAUACCCAUCAGGAUUGAUUAUAAUUUAUAUUGCAAAUUUUGGUCGCUUCAGGAUUUCUUUCGAAAUCCGAAUCAAUGCUAUAGCAAAGCAUCAUGGAAAAUGUUUCAAACGCAUGCUACCACUGUCUUGGAAUCUUUUGGUAGUUUUAAAUUGGAAGAUCCUCGUCCCGGUUCCACAAACAAUGAGGAUCUAGUGAAUGAAGAAGCAAGCGAUAAAAUGGAUAUUGAUUUAAAUAUAUCAGAUACCCUGAUUAAGAAAGAAAUUGAGCAAUCCGUCCGCCAGGCAGAAAAUUUCUUUGCCAAAUUUUUAACAAAUCCUAAACUCCUUGCCUUACAACUUUCCGAUGCAAAUUUUCGCAGAGCAGUGUUGGUGCAGUUUCUCAUACUUUUCCAGUACUUACAAAUCACGGUUAAAUUUAAAGCAGAAUCAAAUACUUUAACACCAGCGCAAUCCGAGUUUAUUAAAGAGACUGAAACAAAAGUGUAUCAAUUAUUGGAAGAAACUCCACCGAAUGGCAAACGUUUCGCACGUACUGUCAAACAUAUGUUGACCAGGGAAGAAAUGUGGAAUAAUUGGAAAAAUGAAGGCUGUAAAGAGUUUAAAAAACCGGACGAAUCUGUGAUCAGCGAACCGCCACCGGCUAAAAGAGAACGAAAGCCCUUAGGCGAUUGUUUACGUGACGCUACACGUCAGGGUAAAUUUUUCCUAGGAAAUGAUGUUCUUACUCGCUUAUGGAAUUAUUCUCCAGAUAAUUUGCAGGCUUGUAAAAGUGAGGAACGCAACUUUUUGCCCCAAGUAGAAACGUAUUUGGAAAGCUCGCGCGAUAAAAAUGAUACAUCGUUCGAAUGGCGGGCAUUACGUCUUUUGGCCCGCCAAUCUCCUCACUUUUUUACUUUUGUUAAUUCUCCAUCUUACAAAAUCUCAGACUAUUUAGAUGCGGUUCGUAAACGAUUAGCCAAAGAACGUUUGGACGCCGCUAAACAGAUCCCAGGUGCCUUAACUAGUAAUGGCAACAAUACUGAAAGUAUUAUGAAUUCUGCAGAAACUAGUGAACAAGAAACGGUAGCUUUGCAGGAACAGGAAGGCGAGCCAAACGAAGAGGGAGAAUUGGAGGAUGAAGAUGAACACAAUGAUUUGGAAAAACCAGAUGAGGACAACAAUCCUCAUUCUAAACCACUUACUGCCAACAAAGAGCAAGUCGAAGAGCUGGCUCCAUUAAUAGGAGACGAUUGGAAGAAAUUAGGUAAGAAACUCGGUUAUACGGCCGACGAGCUACUAUACUUUGAUACUGAGCAUCCUGAUCGUGACGGUGGUUGCGUAGCAAUGUUAGUCAAUUGGUUUGUUGAUGACGAUGAUGCUAGUCUCGACAAUUUGGCUUACGUCCUAGAAGGUCUAGAAAUAAAUACGGCAGCUAAGGCCGUUAAAGCAUUAAUUGAACGCUUAUUAAAAGCUAAACAGCGCGAAGAUGAACUAGCAGAAUCCACAAAAGAUAAAAAUAUUUAGGCACUCACACCAGACAUAUCUUACAAAUUUUAUUCCAAACUUCAAAAACUCGAAAGAAAGGAUUCACAAUAUCAAAUUUAUCACAUAUAUGGAAAUAGAGAACUCAUUCUGGAUUAAAAAUUAAAAUAUCAGCUAUGGAACAAAAAAUAAAGGUAAUAAUAUGUAGAUAUAAAAAUAAAUGACUGUAAUGUCAAGACAAAAUUUAAGAUAAAUUAAUUAUUAAGAAAGUGAUAAAAUGGGAAGGAAAAAGAGAAUGGGAGGAUAGAUGCAAUUAUU